CACCGCCGGAUUUUUUUCUUUUUCUUUUUUGGUUUUGUUUUCGCUUAUUAUUAUUUUUCACUCUACUGUAUUAUCCUGAUGCAAUAAAGGCUGGUUUGUAAUGUAAUUUAAAAAUAUAUAUGUCCAAACAAAUAGCAGGGCCAGAAUAUGACAAGUGCAUUCGGCAUUAUAAUUCAAGCGGGCUCCACCUACAUACCGCCUCCUAAUUAAUGGGUCUCCGAAGUUGCAGAAGCCUGCAUUGGCCAGAGAGAGAGAGAGCGGGCGAGCGAGCGAGAGAGAGGGCGAAAAGUGUCAUUGGAGAUAAUUGAUUACCUCCCAAUCAACAAUAACUUGUUAGCAAUAGUCAAUUACCCCGUCUCUCCUCGCCUCUUUCCCCCCGGUCCGAGGUCUCGGUGCGAGGGCUGCUCUUCCCCCUCUCCAAAGUCGUCUUCUGCUUUUUGUUUUUUCCGGGGGCAUUCGCUUUGGGGGGGGAGGGCAGGGAAAGUGCUGCGAUUUGGGGUGUUUCUUAAAAUAGCAGCCGGGAAGAGGAAGAGAGAGAGGAGAGCGAGAGGAGAGCGAGAGCGCGAGGGAAAACGUACCCGACCCAAAACCCCGGGAGCAGAGGUGCGGCAGGACCACCUCUCGGCGAGGGACCGACGGCAGCUCCGAGCGCGGCCGCCCGCCCGCCGCCCGCCGCCCUGCCCGCCGCCCGACGUGGCUCUCCCCGGCAGCAGCCGGGUCUCCUCCGCCGGAGUUGGAGGUGGGCUUCAACUUUUGCUCGCUGCCGCCGCCGCCGCCCCGCGGUCCCGCCGGGGGCUUCUCCCCGCGGCAGCGCAUCCCCGUCGCGCGUGGGGAAGGCAGCCCUGCCCGGCCCGGCCCCGCCAUGACUUCCAAAGAAGAGCCCAAGCCCUCCUCGGGGGAAGAGCGGCGGCGGAGCCCCUUGGACCACCUCCCCCCGCCGGCCAACUCCAACAAGCCCCUCACCCCCUUCAGCAUAGAGGACAUCCUCAGCAAGCCCUCGGUGCGGAGGAGUUACACCCUCUGCGGAGCGGCCCACCUCCUCGCGGCGCCGGACAAGCAUCCCCCGGCCGCGCUGCCGCUCUCCGGGCGGGCGCUGCUCUCGCAGACCUCGCCGCUCUGCGCCCUGGAGGAGCUGGCCAGCAAGACCUUCAAGGGGCUCGAAGUGAGCGUGCUGCAGGCGGCCGAAGGCAGAGACGGGAUGACCAUCUUCGGGCAGCGGCAGACGCCCAAGAAGCGUCGGAAGUCGCGGACGGCCUUCACCAACCACCAGAUCUACGAGCUGGAGAAGCGCUUCCUCUACCAGAAGUACCUGUCGCCGGCGGACCGGGACCAGAUCGCGCAGCAGCUGGGGCUCACCAACGCCCAGGUCAUCACCUGGUUCCAGAACCGCCGCGCCAAGCUCAAGCGCGACCUGGAGGAGAUGAAGGCCGACGUGGAGUCGGCCAAGAAGCUGGGCCCCAACCCCGCCGUGGACAUCGUGGCCCUGGCCGAGCUGGAGCCCAGCGCCGAGGGCCGGGGCAAGGCGCGGCCCGGCUCCCCGCCGCCCCCCGCCGCCGCCGCCGCCGCCCGGGAGCCCGGCGCCGCGCCGCCCCGCCCCGCCUCGCCCCCCACAGAGCGGCCCCGCAGCCGCCGGGACAGCGAGGACGAGGAGGAGGAGGAGGAGGAGGACGUGGAGAUCGACGUGGAUGACUGAGGGGCGCCCCCGGCCCGGCCCGGCGCGCCCUCCCCGCCCGCGCCCACCCGCAGCCCCCGGCCCCGGCCCCGGCGCGGCGGCUUCUCCUCCUCGGUAAAAGCAAUAAGCAGCAGCAACCCAGGCCACGCGAAAAUUAAUUUAGGGUAGACUCGGUGUCCCUCCGCCUGUCACAUCUCCGGAACGGUGCAAUUACGGACGGCUUCUGUAUAAAUAUUUAAACGUAUAUAUCGGAUUUUUUUCCUUCCCCCUUCUGGAGGUUUUGAUUUUUUUAAUAGCUAUCAAUUACGAUUAUUUUGCCUAUAAGGGAGACGCGUAACCUUGGAAUAAACUCGGCUUCCAACAGAUGUUUGGGGAGGCAGUUGUUUUCAGAGACUUCCAAAACGAACCACUUUAGAGGAGAUUUAAGUUAGACUUAAAGCAAACAAAAAAAAAAUUAGCGACUUUUCUUUCCUUGCAUGUUUCAAAUGUGCACGAAGUAAUUUUUUUCCUUUUAAAAAUAUUUUUUCUUUUGCAAUCUUGGGAACUUGGGGAUGGGUUAUAAUGCAAGUUUAAAAAUAUAUACUUUCUUUUUUCCUAGAGCAUAGAGAUUUGUCUCCAAUGCAAUUUCUGCCUCAUUUUACCAAUUAAAAGCUAUUUUUACCAUUUUCUGCUAUUGUUGUGCUUUUAUUAAAAAGCUACCUUUCGUAUUUUUGAUAUGAAGGUGGUAACAAAAAAUGAAAAUAAAAAAUCCUAGAAUUAUUUUUUACUCUUUUUAGAAUUUUUGCAUGCUAUGAAAAUAAAAAGGACGAAUCCCAAGAUCAAUACAUUUAAAUAUUACACUAUAAAUUAAAAAUGUACAGAUUUAAAAAAUGUUUUUGUUCGAAUUGUACAAAUUUUAAAAGGCCUGCUAUUUAAGUUUCGAUAGGGACAAUGUCGCUUUAUUUACUGUCUCUUAGAAUUGUACAGAUAGCUCUUUUUUCCGAUACAAUAAAAUCUUUACCA